AUGCAAGUCAACGAGAAGCCGGGCACGGCCGAUGAGAAGGCCAUGGGCGGGCACCAUGAAGACUUGAAGGUCGACGAUCCUACGCAGCUGGCUGGUCGAGGCCAGGCUGCCACCGAUCAGUAUGGCCGCGCGCUGUUCGAGUUCGACCCGAAGGCCGAGUCGCGGCUGCGCUGGAAGAUGGACUUUUUUCUGCUUCCUACCGUGUCGCUGCUUUAUUUAUUCUGUUUUAUCGAUCGCGCGAAUAUUGGAAACGCGAGACUGGCAGGCUUCGACACCGACCUGGGCCUCGCUGGCAACGACUACAAUGUUGUCCUGUCAAUUUUCUACAUCUCAUAUAUUGUCUUCGAGAUUCCGUGCAAUCUUGCGUGCAAAUGGCUUGGGCCCGGCUGGUUCUUGCCCCUGUCGACGCUGCUCUUCGGAGUCUCCUCUGUCGCGACGGCCUUUGUAGACACGCUCGCACAGGCCGCCGGGGUGCGAUUCGUGCUGGGGAUAUUCGAAGCAGGCAUGCUUCCUGGCAUUGCGUAUUACCUGAGUCGCUGGUACCGCCGCAGUGAGCUUGCGUUCAGGCUGUCGCUGUAUAUCGUCAUGGCGCCUCUCGCCGGGGCCUUUGGAGGGCUGUUGGCCUCUGCCAUUCUGACCCUGGAUCACUUUGGCAGUCUACACACAUGGCGCAUGAUUUUUGCUAUCGAAGGGAUCGUGACGAUUGCGCUGGCAAUAAUCGCCUUUCUAACGCUGACCGACCGACCGGAGACAGCAAAGUGGCUCACGCAGGAAGAGAAGGACCUGGCCAUCGCACGCCUCAAGUCAGAGCGAGUCGCGACGACCGAAGUGCUCGAUCGCAUCGAUACUACAAAGCUCCUCCGGGGCAUCUUCAGCCCAGUGACCCUGGCUACGUCGUUUAUCUUCCUCCUGAACAACAUCACCGUGCAGGGCCUUGCCUUCUUCGCACCGACCAUCGUCCGUACUAUAUACCCCGACGCCAGCGUCGUCAGCCAGCAGCUGCACACUGUCCCGCCGUAUGUCGUGGGCGCGUUCUUCACCGUGCUAUUCCCCUUCCUCAGCUGGCGGUGGGAUAACCGGCUGGCGUUCUUCGUCGCAGGCCCGCCGCUCAUGAUGACGGGGUAUAUCAUGUUCCUCGCAUCGACCGACGCACAAGUACGAUACGGCGCGACAUUCUUAAUUGCCAGCGGCGCCUUUGCAUUCGGCGCGCUAACCAACGCACACGUCAGCAACAACGUGGUCUCCGAUACUGCUCGGUCGGCCGCGAUCGGGACGAACGUGAUGCUGGGCAACGUGGGCGGGCUGGUGUCGACGUGGUCGUUCCUGGACUUCGACAAGCCGGACUACCACAUCGGCAAUGGGCUGAACCUGGCGACGAGCAGCAUGUGCUUGAUCCUCAGCGCGGCGCUGUGGGCGUGGAUGAAGUGGGACAAUCGGCGGCGCGCGCACACGGACGUGGACCAGGCGCUGUCGGGGCUGUCGCAGAAGCAGGUGCAGGACCUGGACUGGCGCAAUCCGGCGUUCAAGUGGCGACCUUAG